AUGCUGGCAGAACAGUUUGGAGAACACAACCUUGCUGUGGCCAACGACGGCUCCCCGACAUUUUUCCGGCCACCCUGCACUUUCAGUGCCAUCGACGUCACAGCCCAUUCACCGGAGAUCCCACUGUCUUGGCGGGUUGCAGCCGACACCAUGGGCAGUGAUCACUUCCCAGUCUUCAUCGACAUCAUAGGCCUACAACGUCCUGGGGUCCACGAGAUCUCCGUCAUUCACUGGGACCGGUUCCGAGACAACCUAGGGCGAUCUACACGUCCCCUCCUGGAGGCCAUCAGCGACGCGGCGAAAGAAGCCACAAUCAAGGCAUCCGUACCUACAUCCUUCCCUGCACCCGACCUGACCCUUCUAAACCUGUGUGCAGCAAGACGGAGGGCCCAGAGACUUCUGCAACGUAAGGGUGGCGUGACCUUUAAGACCCUCUUUAACAGGAUUGACGCUGCCCUACGACGCUAUGCCAAAAAAUGCUUCAAGCGGCAGUGGGAUUUGAUCUGCUCUUCGGUGGAUGCAACCACACCAGCCCGGCGUAUCUGGAGGCUUAUGGACAGUCUGUCCGGGAAAAGAAUGUACAGCCUCCCAUUCGCUUAUCUGGCCCUAUGCACGGGAAAGCUACAAGCGGCCCUGGCCGAAGACGUUGCGACUCUCUAUGCCGCGGCCGUUUCCCAGCCAAAGUCCCGUCUCUCCGCACAAGACAGUAUCCUGGACAUUGUCAGUGCAGUGCAGCAUGCAGCAGCUAGCCGUAAGUCUACCGUGGCGGCAUUCUUCGAUAUUCAGGCUGCAUUCGACAAUGUGGAACCGGCAUCAGUCCUGGCCCAACUAACCUCUUGGGGUAUCACGGGAAGAGUUCAGGGCUUCCUCGAGGGUUUUCUUUCGGACAGAUCAAUCCAAGUCAAACUGAGCAACACACUCAGCCAGUCAAGACCUUUGCAACGCGGUCUACCCCAGGGCAGCGUCCUGUCGCCUCUACUCUUUAACAUCGCCAUUGCGGGCCUCCCAGCCGCUCUUCCCAACUCAAGGAUCCCGAUUGGCAUCUCUAUGUACGCGGACGACUUAUGCAUCUGGGUCUCUGGCUUCCGACACCCAACCUUGAGGGCCAUAAUGCAAUCCGCCAUAAACAAGAUCCAGGCCUUCCUCGAGAACCAAGGUCUUUCAAUUUCCGGUCACAAGGCAGCAGCCAUGGUCUUCCCAGGAAGGAACCGCCUGUUGCGGGAGGUCAAGCUCCAACUGGACUCGCAGCCCCUGCGCCUCGUAUCAAAGCACCGCUUCCUCGGCAUUACUCUUCAGAACCGCUGCAAGUGGCACGACCAGAUAAAGGCCGUCACGGCUUCCACCAUCUCUUCCCGGAACGCUGUGCGCCGGGUCGGAGGGCAGAACUGGGGCAACUCUCCCCGAUCCAUGCUGACCCUUCAUUCCUCUUUGGUGGUGAUCCGACUCAUGUAUAGCUUACCAUACAUGGACCUCCUCCCCAGUCAGGCCGACAAACUCGAACGGCUACACCGUGCGGGCCUGCGAACAUCGCUAGGCGUUCCCAGAAGCGCCAAAAACGAGAGGGUGUAUGAGGAGGCCCGGUCGCUUCCUUUGCACCUCCAAGCCUCCCAACGCCUUUUGCUGCAAGUCAUUCGUCUAGGGGAGACUCAUCCUGGCCAGUCCCUGAUCAAGAGGCUCAGGACCCGAACUCAAUCCAAACUCAGCCUCGCCACCAAGACCCUUGCCGCACUUGGAUGGGAACCCCCCCAGAUAAUCAACCCGCACGGCCGGACACCCCCUUGGGAGGCAGGCCUGCAGUUAGCCGAACUCCUACCCGGCGUCCGCAAGAAGGCCAACACGCCCCCUCUGGUUCUCAAAGCAGCUGCACAAGAGCAGCUAGCAGCAAGGUACCCUCGGCAUCUACACAUAUACACGGACGGUUCGGUGGACAGGUCUCGGCAAAGCAGCACGGCAGCCUACCACAUCCCGGACUUACAAAAAGACUGGAGCGCCCGCACUACUCACAUGGUGUCGUCCACGACCGCCGAGCUGCUGGCGAUCGCAGAAGCCCUGACUGCGACGAAGUCGCUGCCUCCACAACUAAUCGUUGUCCUCACGGACUCACGUGGAGGAAUUCAGCGCAUACGCAAACCUGGUCCAUGCCCCACUGCCAACGAGGUGGCUGCGCUGGUUUACAGUCUUGAAGAGGGAGAACUAUGUAAACAACAGAACAACCCUGUGUACUCGAAAAACUGCAAGUCUGAAAAAAAAGGUGGUCUAGUCCUGUCGGAAAAAGACAUGAUAAGGGAAAAGAAAGGCAACCACUGGGGAGAGGAAUCCGAGAUACGACAUGCGUGUUCGUGGUGGGACGGACUGUGGCCGGACGCAGAGCACUUAGGAGACAAACAGAAGAAAACCAACGUGGACGCAGCGCAAGCUACAAAACAGCAGCUGCAUCAAGAUUUCGUCAGCCGCGACCUGCAGACAACCAAUCUGGGCGCUGUGCCUGCCACAAUACAGCAGAGGGACUGCAAAGGCUCGUUCACACAUUUAUAA